UAAAAAGGUGUCGGGGAUGCGGAUUGACAUGCAGAAGCUUCUCGUUGCGUGGUGAGCAGCAAUUUCCUCUCGUUCCGACGCCUACGUGAGUUAACGCAAAAUCUUCAGUAUGAGUAUUCUGUCGAACAAGAUCGCCCUCGUCACCGGCGCCUGCUCCGGGAUCGGCAAGGCGAUCGUGGAGGAAUUGGUGUCGAAGGGACUCAAAGUCGUCGGCCUCUCCAACGAUAUAAACAAAUUGAAGAUUCUCGUGGACGAGCUGAAGGGCAAACCCGGCAAGCUCUAUCCCCUUCAAUGCGACUUGAGCCUUCCGAACGAGAUCGAGGGCGCGUCGGAGUGGAUCGAGAAGAAUCUGGGUGGUGUGGACAUCCUGAUAAACAACGCUAGCCUCAGCUUGGAUUGGUCCAGCAUCAACGGCGGCAUACAGGAGCUUAAGAAGACUAUUGACGUCAACGUGCUCGGCUUGUCGCUCAUCACCAAGAAGAUUCUGCAGUUGAUGAAGAACAAGGGAAUCGAUAACGGCUGGAUCGUCAAUGUCAAUGACGUGUGCGGUCUGAAAUGGUUGCCGCUUGCCUCCGACCGGCCUAUUUCCCCGGCAUACGCUUGCAGCAAGUCCGCGCUGACCGCACUGACCGAAAGUCUUCGUCUGGAAUUGGCCCAGAACGAGUCCAAUAUCAAAGUGAUCAACAUCUGUCCGGGCUUGGUGGAGACCGAGGUCACUCAACAGUGGCUGAAGGAAAAUUCACGAUUGGCUCUGAAACCGAAAGACGUGGCGGACGCUAUUCUCUACACGUUGCAGACCCCGGAGAAUGUGCUUAUUAAGGAUCUCAUUAUUACGCCCAUUCGGGAAAUUAUUUAAGCUAGCACCGGACGAAAUGUUGGCGACGAUAAACAUUAUAAUAUUUACAGCACGUAUUGUGUGGCAAAUCAAAUAAAGCAAUUUUGUUAGCAAUUUUUAAAUAUGGCGUGUAUAAAUUUGUUACAUUAAUCCUUUUCUUAAAACAGACUGACCUUAUGUACAUGUUUAUAUCAUUUUAUAUAUUUUUAUUAGCAGUGUCAUGUACAUAAGAUUCUAAUGAAUAACAUAAUUGCCUUUA